CGGCAGCUCUGGCGAAACAGCUGCUCGAAAGCAAGUAAAUAUCAGCUGAUAUCACUAUUUAUUUUCGGAAACAGAAACGAAACGAAGCGGUGGCGGCGCCUGUGGUGGGCGGGGCAAGGCAAGUAAGCGAGUUGAAAAUAACCAAGUGGUGGCAGAGAAUCCCGAACCGAUCGCAGCCGGCAGAAGCAGCAGAAGCGACCUGCGAAUGCACGAUGACGAGUCGCCAGCGGACGGUGAUAAUCUUCAAAUCGGAGUCGGAGAGCAGCGACCUGUACGCGGAGACGCUGGAGCGGCACGACUUCAAUCCGGUGUUCGUGCCCACGCUGAGCUUCGGCUUCAAGAACCUGGAGCAGCUGCGCGCCAAGCUGCAGACGCCGGACAAGUAUGCCGGCAUCAUCUUCACCUCGCCGCGCUGCGUGGAGGCGGUGGCCGAGGCGCUGAGCCUGGGCGAGCUGCCCGGCGGUUGGAAAAUGUUGCAUAACUACGCCGUCGGCGAGGUGACCCACAACCUGGCCCUGAGCACCCUGGACCAGCUGUUCACCCACGGCAAGCAGACGGGCAAUGCCCGCGCCCUCGGCGAGUACAUCGUGGACACCUUCGACGGCUCCCGGGCGCUGCCGCUGCUCCUGCCGUGCGGCAAUCUGGCCACCGACACGCUGCUCUCUAAGCUGGCCGAGAACGGCUUCUCCGUGGACGCCUGCGAGGUCUACGAGACGCGCUGCCAUCCCGACUUGGGUGCCAACGUGGAGCGGGCACUGGAGGUCUACGGGGAGUCCAUGGAGUUCCUGGCCUUCUUCUCGCCGUCGGGCGUCAAUUGCGCCCAGCAGUACUUUGGCAGCAAGCAGAUGUCGAUGGACAAGUGGAAGCUGGUGGCCAUCGGGCCGAGCACCCGGCGAGCCCUCGAAUCGCAGGGCCUGAAGGUCUACUGCACUGCGGAGCGGCCCACCGUGGAGCAUCUGGUCAAGGUGCUGCUCAACCCGCAGGACAGCCGGGAGCGACUGCUGAAGGAGCGCGAGCGGAUCGCCGCCCUCGAGAAUAACAAUUAAGAUGUCUAAUCCUAAGGUUCGUUGGCCCGCAGAUUGGUUAAAGCACGAGGGUUAAAUCCUCUAUCAUUUCUACCCAUCAUUUGUUAACCCACAUACUGGAUUUGUUGCUUCAUCGUUGAUGGUCGAAGAUAUUGGAACCCUAAGCUGCUCAGAUCUUAGUUUUUAUGUGCAUAACUCCACAAUGGAGAUCUCAAGGCCCCAGAAUUAUAGUUCUCUUGGCAUAGUUACGAUUGUGUCCCAAGAUUUCUACACCUUAAAGAUAAAUUCAUUGCUAAAUUCUAAUCAAACCGUUAGCUUCACCGUCUUAUAAUUCAUUUUCCCUAUCUUAAUACUUAUAAGAUGAUCCUAGUGGAACCUCCGAUUAAAAAUUACAGGAUAAGUAAUACCACGUCCCCCGAAUGAAACGAAAAAAGACUACAACUCUUGGUUUUUUUCGGUUGACCUCCGAGCGAGUACAAAAUUAGCGGGCAUCAAAUGCCGACGUCUUUAUUUUCUGUUUACCAUUGGAUUAAGCUGAAUAAAUUGUUUCUUUUCUAAAUUUA